AUGUCUAUAAAACGCGGACGCUGCAACCCCGUCGCAACAGACCGCAACCGAGCCGCGACCAUGCAGGCCCUCCCCACACUGGUGUGUCUGGUGGCCCUCGCGGCCCUCGCCGCCGGCCGCGACCUGCGUGAGAAGCGCGCCGCCGACCUCGAGCCCGCCGCCACCCACCACCACCACGAGAAGGGCGGCGGCCACGAGCACCACGCGCACCACCACCACGACCACGGCGGCAAGGGCCACAAGGGACACAAGGGCCACCACCAUCACGAGCACGGCAAGAAGGGACACCACCACCACGAGGGGCACAAGGGCCACCACGACGAGCACGGCGGACACAAGAAGCACCACCACCACGACGACGGCCACCAUCACGAGCAUCACCACGGCGAGAAGGGAGAAAAAGGCCACGGCUUCGAAGAAAAAGGACACUACCACAAGGGACACUCCACAAAGGGACACCACGGAGUUCACAAAGUAGACGAGUUCAAGAAGGACAAACACUUCCACGACAAACACGGAGAAUCCGGCUACCAUGAAGGUCACGGCGGACACCACGAGGAGCACGGCCACAAAAAGGGCGGCCACUUCCACAAGGGCCACAAGCACGGCGGGCAUCACGAGCACCACCACGGCAAGAAGGGCCACCACGAAAAGGGCGGACAUCAUCACGACCAUAAGGGACACCAUGACGAGGGCGGCCACCACGAGCACCAUCAUCAUCAUCAUGAUCACGGCAAGAAGGGCGGCCACGAGGACCACAAGCACUGGGGAUUCAAGAAGGGACACUAAACCAAAGUCAUUUAAUUUAGGCGUAGAUAAUUUGUUAUUUUUUUACUACAGUGAUCAUUAUUGUAUACGUCAAUAAAUUAACAUUAUUGAAAUCUCAU